AUGACUGCCAUCCGGCCACAGAGGCUUCCGUCCUUCCAACAUGAAAAGCUACGACUCAACGCCAAUUCUAUCCGGCUGGUCCAGGUCCAUGGCUCGAUGCACAGGACUGCGCCACUCGCACUUCGAAUAACUCAAUAUUCGAAGCACAAGUUGCCUGCCUACGUUGCAAUUUCGUACACAUGGGGUAGCUCCAACGACCUUCUUCCCAUCAAAAUCAAUGGCAAACCAUUCCACGUUCAUACGAAUCUAUAUAACCUGCUACUGCAUCUCCGACAACGUGGCGAGUCUCGCUUCUUAUGGGUUGACGCACUUUGUAUCGAUCAGGCAAAUCUUGCCGAAAGAAACUUUCAUGUCCAACUCAUGGCCCGCAUCUAUGACGAAGCCUCUUGUGCCCUUGUGUGGCUCGGCUUGCCGAGUGAUGACCGGAGGGAGGCUCGGGCCAUAGAUUUUCUUACUGAGAUGGCUUCAUUAAUCACUCGGCCGAAGAGAGGAGGACCGACCUUCUCAGACCUGUAUAUGACUGAGAAGACGUCUUCGCGAUGGCUCAACUUGCUAGGAUUCUGUACAGGGUGCGAAUAUUGGACCAGGACCUGGAUCAUUCAGGAGUUCCUACAGGCACGACAUAUAGAGAUCAUUUGCGGGACUGCUCAGCUAGACUGGACCUUCUUCGCCACCGUGUACACGCAACUGCAGGUUUUCGGUAGGGAAGGACGGAUACCUCCCGGGUCGUUGCAAGACUCUAUACUGCCGAUACUUAGCUCUGUGCCCGGCCGGCUAACUGCCAUGCGCCUGUCUGGCCAAGCAACACCUCUGCAGGGACUACUGCAUGAGUUUUACGAUGCUCAGUGCUCGGAACCACGAGACAAGGUGUAUGGCAUGCUUGGAAUUGCGGAAGAUUGCGGCACACACCCAGAGACUGGACUGUUUCGGGGACCUCAGCCUGACUAUGCCACCCACAUCUUGGACGUUUAUCAGGCUGUUGUCAACUAUCUGCGGGACACUUCAAGCACAAUGUCAGUCUCACCACUUACGAUAUUACUCUUACAAAAGUCUCUCCACAUCAGUAAGCUGGACGUGCUCGAAUAUGUUGCUCAAUUUGAGCCGGCUGAUUGGCAAACGAAACUUGCCCAGUCAACAUUUGCCCUUCGUCCAUCUUACAUAGGUGUGAUCGAGGACACUCUGCCUGGCUGGACCGGGAUCCGUGAUCUGAGGCAGAGCCUUGAGCAGUUCGACUGGUCCAAGUACGUGGGCUACACCAUCGAAAAGCGUCCCUCAAGACCCAACAAGCUAACCUCGCCACCUGUCGCACCUCCCAUGUCACGCAGCUCGUCUUCGACUCAGCAACGAGUGGAAAAUCUCCCAAACAACAUGAUAUCAAGCGUCCUUGCCGUGGCAGAAGUCCACCCGGGCCUGGCGACACUCUAUCAAUACCUCCCACAAGCACAAGGUUUCCACCUCCCCGCCGAGCUCCUGACCUUGCACCACGAAGACAAGGCGGCCCUUGCAAACCCUCCCAACCAGAAACCCACCGUCAUCAUCGAGCAAAGCGAGGCGGCGUCGCCCCUGCGCAUCGGCUUCGCCUGCGCAGGUGCGCGCCGGGGCGAUGUCAUCUGCCAGUGGCCUGAAACCGACCUGACGCUCAUCGCGCGCAGACCAGUGUACGGAAGCCAGAGUCUGCAGCUCGUGGGGAGGGCGGUCAUGGUGACGCACUCGGGGCUGGCCGGACGAGAGAUGGAGACCCAUCCGGUGUGCGGCAAGAACAUUUGGACCUCCGCGUGUCUAAGCGGUGAUGUCGGCUUGGGAGAGUAUGGCGGCGAGCUGCUGGAGACGGAUGCGGUUAGCAUGUUCGAGAUUUUAAGAGGAGGGGAGAUGUGA